AUGGCUGCGAAUAAGACUUCAGCUAUUGCUGACCAGGAACCUGUCGAUAUCCUCUUUGCUCUGCAACCAGGCUUCGACAUGCUUGACUUUGCAGGCCCAUUGGCUGCCUUCCACAAGGCGCAACACGAUCCCGCUGAUUCCUCCACCAGAGCAUUUGAGGUGACGCUUGCGGGCCUUGAGCCACAAGUCCUCUCCGCCCAAGGCACCAUCGUGCAGUCCCAGAUCACCUUCAGGGAAGCUCACGAGCGUCUUGAGGAAUUUGACGUUCUCGUCAUUCUCGGCGGAAACGUCGAUGAGGUCGUCAAGAAGGAGACUGAGCCUCUCGGCCUCAUCACUGCCUUUUCCGACCUUCAGAAGAAGGAUCCAGCCAGAGAGCGAACAGUCCUGUCCGUCUCCACCGGCUCACACCUGCUUGCCCGAGAGGGCAUCCUCUGCGGCCUCUCUGCCACCACACUGUCCGACCAUCUUACCACAUUUGAGAACCUUUGCAGCGAUGCUGCCACCCGAUACCUGACUGAGCGAACCGAUGUCAUUGAAGAUGCCAGAUACGUAGUCAACAACCUUCGCUUUGAGCUCACUGAAGAUGAGAGCCCAUACACACGUCGCGCGUCCGAUGCUGGACGACCUCACGGCCGAAAGGGAAGCAUCUCCUUCAAAGAGUCCAACACACGUCGUGAGUCGAUUGCCAGACGUGCCGCCAUGCGCCUCGGUGGCCUUCGAGUUAUAACCGCUGGGGCUCACGGCGCUGGCGUAGAUGCAGCUUUGUAUCUCGUCAGCGCCUUGGUGGAUGAGCAGUGUGCUGAGGAGGCGGCCAGGUCCAUGCAGUGGAACUGGACCAAGGGUGUUGUCGUCGACGGCCUCGACGUCUAA